GAAGAGAGCUCCCAUUCUAAUUUCAAAACAUCAAACUUGGUCGGCCCAUUCCAUUCUCCUGUUGCCACCCCACAUCACCCUAUUCCAACGCGCCGCGCCCCAACCCCACCUCUGCUUGUCCCCUAAGCUUGCUCGCAAUCAUUUUGCACCACCAAUAAAACCAGCCACCACUGCGUUCGUCGGAGCUCCUUCCAUCCUCUUCCCAUCUUCCCUGCUAACCCUAGCUAUCAGAUCCAUGUCGGCCUCUGCUACUCCCCCGAAGUUCAUCGGCCGCUCCGGCGUCCGCAUCGUCGUAGUCGGCGAUCAGGGUACCGGCAAGUCAAGCCUCAUCAUCGCCGUUGCCACUGAGUCAUUCCCGGAAAGCGCUCCCAACGUGUUACCCCCUACCCGUCUCCCUGCUGAUUACUACCCCGAUCGCGUCCCCCUCACCAUCAUCGAUACUUCUUCCAGCCCAGCAAGCAAGGCGACUCUUGUAGCGGAAUGCCAGGCUGCCGAUGUGAUUGUGCUUACGUACGCUUGUGAUAGGCCGGCGUCGCUUGAUCGUUUGAGUUCGUACUGGCUUCCGGAGCUUCGACGCUUGGAGGUGAAAGUGCCUGUGAUUGUGGUAGGAUGUAAGUUGGAUUUGCGGGAUGAGCAACAGUCAAGCCUUGAUCAAGUAAUGUCGCCAAUCAUGCAGCAGUUUCGGGAGAUAGAGACCUGUAUAGAGUGUUCUUCUCUCAGGCAGAUUCAGGUUCCCGAGGUCUUCUAUUAUGCUCAGAAAGCAGUGUUGCAUCCUACUUCCCCACUUUUUGACCAAGAAACACAAUCUUUGAAGUCUAGAUGUGUGAGGGCUUUAAAGAGGAUAUUUAUUUUAUGCGACCAUGACAGAGAUGGUGCCCUGAGUGAUGCCGAAUUGAAUGAUUUUCAGGUUAGAUGUUUUAAUGCUCCUCUCCAACCUUCUGAAAUUGCGGGUGUCCAAAAGGUUGUACAGGAGAAAAUGCCUGAAGGUGUCAACGAGCAUGGCCUUACCUUGACUGGGUUUCUUUUUCUUCAUGCCCUUUUUAUUGAAAAAGGCCGUCUUGAAACAACUUGGACAGUUUUGAGAAAAUUUGGAUAUGAUGAUGAUCUUAAACUUAGGGACGAUCUUCUUCCACCAAUAUUUAAGCGAGCGGCCGAUCAGAGUGUCGAGCUAGCCAAUGAAGCUAUAGAGUUCUUGAGAGGGAUCUUCUUGAUGUUUGACUCCGACAAUGAUGGGGCUUUGCAACCUGGUGACAUUGAAGAUCUGUUUUCAACAGCCCCUGAGAGCCCAUGGUCUGAAUAUCCCUACAAGGAUGCUGCUGAAAGGAAUGUACUGGGUGGUUUGUCUUUUGAAGGGUUUCUUUCUCAAUGGGCGCUAAUGACACUGCUUGACCCAGUAGCUAGUUUGGCUAACCUUAUAUACAUUGGAUACACAAGUGAUCCUGCUUUAGCGUUUCGUAUUACCCGACGGAGGCGCCAAGAUCGUAAAAAACAACAGUCCCAGCGUAAUGUUCUACAGUGCUUUGUUUUUGGCCCAAAGAAUGCUGGAAAAUCUGCAUUGUUAAAUUCAUUAAUUGGAAGGACAUUUUCUGAGAAGCAUACCCCCACUACCAGUGAUCGGUUUGCAGCAAACGUGGUGGAACUUCCUGGAGGGAUUAAGAAGACUCUUGUAAUGAGAGAAAUACCCGAAGAUUCAGUCAAGAAGCUACUUUCUAAUAAGGAAUCAUUAGCAGCUUGUGACAUCGCUGUUUUUGUCCAUGACAGUUCUGAUGCCAGCUCUUUUAAUAAGGCCACCGAAUUGCUUAUUCAAAUAGCAACUCAUGGUGAAAAUACCGGAUUUGAGGUUCCUUGUCUCAUUAUUUCUUCUAAAGAUGAUCUUAAUUCCUAUCCAUUGGCCAUACAAGAUUCAACGAGGGUAAGCCAGGACAUGGGAAUUGAAACACCCAUACCAGUCAGUUUGAAGCUAAGGGACUUGAAUAAUGUAUUUAGUAGGAUUGUUACUGCUGCACAGCACCCACAUCUUAGCAUUCCUGAGACUGAAGUUGGAAGGAAUCGAAAACAAUAUCGACGGCUCGUCAAUCGAUCUCUCAUGUUUGUUUCAGUUGGUGCUGCCGCUGCAGUCGUAGGACUUGCUGCCUACAGGAUUUAUGCUUCAAGGAAAAAUUCUUCAAACUAAAUGAGAUUAUGCACCGUUAUGCCUUUCAUGCCGGUUGCGAUAAUUCAGUUUUCUUUCUUUAUUUCUUUAUUUCUUUCGGUUCUCUCUUUUGUACAGAGACACCCAUCCAUUGAUUUUCAGUUGAAACCUACAUGUAGUAUCAUAGUUUUCUUUGCCUUGUGCUGUUUCGGAUUCUAAUGUGAUCUUUCUUGGAGGUCUAGGUUCAGUUAAUUUGUUAAAUUUGUGUUACCUAGCCACAGCAGCACAAAGUUAGUCAGAUUAGUUUCUUCUGAUGUGGAAAUCAAAUCCAAAAUUCCAAUUCAAAGAAGUUUCAGAUCUUCCAGAUUUUGGAUUGAAGUGCAGUUUGCUGAGAGAACGAGGGAGGAAGAGAGAUGAGCAGAAAAGA